AAACAGGCCUUUGCACUGUGCAAAGCAGGUGAAGAUGACAAAUCCAAUCUCUCUUUCGAAAGUCUUACCAGUAUCGAAACUCUUCGAGAUCUUCGAGAUCUUCCGCACACGGAUCCUGACAUGUGGCAGCGUAUCCAGCUCCGCAGUACCACUGCUACAACCAGCAGCAACGAUGACCCAGUGGAUACUGAAGUAUCCUUACCAGAAGACCAUAUGGUCGAGAGUGAUGGAGUCGAUGACGAGGCCCCAUUGGAGGUGGUGCCCGAACAUAUCAUGUCUGGCAAGACCUAUGUGCCAGAAGGAUAUAUUAUGGACUCGGAUGGGUCUCUGAUAGUGGACGGUGCUGCUGACAAGCAUUGUGAGGUGAUUUUGCCUAGUGAGGGUAUUGAGGAGGCCGGCAGAGGAAAGCGACGGCACAUUGCAAACACGCAAUAUGGAGAAUAUAAUGCACACUAGUUAGAAUUUGUU